CCCUGAGUAUCUUUGCCCUCCCUUUCCCAAUGUGGCUACAUUGGGUAAAUGUCUUUUUCUGCUCUUCACUGUUGAUUUAGCUUUUUUAGUUGGCUUAUUGCAGACAGGUGGCUGAGCCUGGCUAGUUGUGGAUGCCAAGGCACAGCUCUGACCCUGACCCCAGUAACACUAGGCUUUUCCCUGGCAGCUGGUCUAGAGAUGGACCUGUAAGUCAGAGGACGGUCUUGCCUUGUGGCAUCUGUCACCUGAUCUAGAGAUGACCUGUAAGGCCAGGGGACGGUCUUGCCUUGUGGCAUCUGUCACCUGAUCUAGAGAUGACCUGUAAGGCCAGGGGACGGUCUUGCCUUGUGGCAUCUGUCACCUGAUCUAGAGAUGGACCUGUAAGGCCAGGGGACGGUCUUGCCUUGCGGCAACUGUCACCUGAUCUAGAGAUGGACCUGUAAGGCCAGAGGAGGGUCUUGCUCUGUUUUAUUCAUAUCUCCAUUCUUAGCUCAGCGUUUGACAAGUAGUGAAUGCUCAGUACAUGCCAAUGGUUUUAUUUUGACCGAAAUUUCACAGCCCAUCAGCCAAAGGCUUGAUUUGGCAAUUGUGUGAAAGUGAACUCCUGAACUUUAGUCCUUUUUCACCGGACUGAUUUCAGUAAGGGCUCAGAAACAAAGCCGUGGAGUUCUUGUGGUGAAAGAAGUUCUGGGCUCUGGAAUGAAGCAAUUCAUGAGGAGGCAGCUGGAUCUGCUGCACGUAUGACUUCCCAGCGAGAGUCCGCUGCCCAGCUGUUCACCUAUUCAAUUCAAUUACUGUGACUCCUCGAGUGAAUGGCUCAGAGGGGAGCUAAGAAGAUCCACUUGGGUGAAGAUCUGAAGGGCAUUCUUUCAGAAGCUCCAGGAAAGUGCGUGCCUUAUGCUGUCAUUGAAGGAGCUGUACGGUCCGUUAAAGAAACACUCAACAGCCAGUUUGUGGAAAACUGUAAGGGGGUGAUCCAGCGGCUGACACUUCAGGAGCACAAGAUGGUGUGGAAUCGAACAACCCACCUUUGGAAUGACUAUUCCAAGAUCAUCCACCAAAGGACUAACACUGUGCCCUUUGACCUUGUGCCCCACGAGGAUGGUGUCGCUGUGGCCGUGCGAGUGCUGAAGCCCCUGGACUCAGUGGAUCUGGGCCUGGAGACCGUGUACGAGAAGUUCUACCCCUCUGUGCAGUCCUUCAUGGAUGCCAUCGGCCACUACAUAAGUGGUGAGCAGCCCAAAGGCAUCCAAGAGACAGAGGAGAUGCUGAAGGUGGGGGCCACCCUCACCGGGGUUGGCGAGCUGGUUCUGGACAACAACUCUAUCCGCCUGCAGCCCCCCAAGCAGGGCAUGCGAUACUAUCUGAGCAGCCAGGACUUCGACAGCCUGCUGCACAGGCAGGAGUCCAGUGUCCGGCUCUGGAAGGUUCUGGUGCUGGUGUUUGGCUUUGCCACCUGUGCCACCCUCUUCUUCAUCUUGCGGAGACAGUACCUGCAGCGGCAGGAGCGCCUGCGCCAGCAGCAGCUCCAGGAGGAGUUCCGUGAACAUGAGGCCCUCCUGCUGAGCCAAGCGACUCCCGAGGACAGAGAGAGUCUGAAGAGCGCCUGCGUCGUGUGUCUGAGCAGCUUCAAGUCCUGCGUCUUCCUGGAGUGCGGGCACGUCUGUUCCUGCCGCCAGUGCUACCUCUCCUUGCCAGAGCCUAAGAGGUGCCCGAUCUGUCGUCGGGAGAUCAGCAGGGUGAUUCCCCUGUACAACAGCUAGGGGUGUAGCAGUCACACUGCGGGUGUCCGUCCCCUGGUCAGAGUUUAUCUGGAGGCCUUUGGUGGGGUGGCUGUACCUUAAGGUACGAAGGAGGGGACACGAGCGAGCCUCACAUCUCCAACAGCUGGGUGUUGCUUUUCAACCUGGACAGGUCCCUUUCCAGUUCCAAGCACCUGGUGGGGCCAUGGUGAGGUCCCCCUUCUUAGGAGCCAGAUUUGUGUGUGACCGAAUAAGACCAGCUCAUGUCCACGCAGCAAGGCCAGGGGUCUCGCCUUUCACUCCCUGGGGUGCUGACUCCUUAGCUUGGGAGGGGCCUUGCUAGGACUCCUCCUCUUGCUUCUGUCCAUGGGAAGGAAUUUCUUAAAACCUGUCAGGCAGGGCAGGCCACUAGUAAUGUUUGCACACGUGGGGAGAAGGUGAGAGGCAGUGAGAGCAGUAUGCCUGUCCGGCGUGUGUGUGUGUGUGUGUGUGUGUGUGUGUGUGUGUGUGUGUGUGUCGUCUGUGUGGGAUAUAGGUCAGCAGGAGGACAACAGACAUUUCUAGAUGUUUCUUGGCAGGGAGGGCACCAGGGUUGUGGGUGUGGCUGCUGUCCGACUUUCCCAGACAGCUCUGGUUUCCUGUGGAAAGGCCUCACCGAAAGGGAAUGAAGGUCACUGCUGUCCUGACCUCUGGCCUUUGUAGUUUCUCUGCUUGCUUUUGCCAAAGAAAGGUAUUUGGUGGCGGGCACACUUACAGAGCCUGUCUGGACUGCCUCACUCUUCCUGUCAGUAAAGCCCAGCGGUGCUCUCCCUCCCAACUGCCCUGACUUGUGAGUGCCAGAGAAAUUGGAGACUGUCCGUGGGCUGGGUGGUCUGGAUCACUCUCAGCUCUGCUUCUUGAGCAUCUCCUGUCCUCUGUGACGGGAAGAAGGGCAUCUUCCAGGCGCUGACACUAGUACAUGCGCCGUCCAAGUGAGCAGCACAAUUAAACAGACUGUGUCUCAUG